GACACCGAUGGCUGGUGUGACUUAUCUUCAUUUGACUUAGUAGAUGACUCUGCUGUCAGUGAUGUUGGAAGCCCCACACAUUCUGCCUCUAACUCUACAAAGACCAUGUCAGCAAAUGUUACAGAAUACCGAUUGGAUGGACAUACCCUCUCCGACUUGAGUAAGGGCAGCAAGGGUGAAUUGAUUCCUAUUUCUCCACGUCCACAAGGCAUAUUUGGAACUCCACCGUCCCUGCUUAAGCAGCACAAAAAGAGGAGAAUUACAUUGUCACCUGUUACAGAAAGCACUGUCAACAGCAGCACCUCUACUACAGAAGUGAAUAGUAUGACUCCGAAGAGCACUCCGGUUAAAUCCCUGCCUUUCUCUCCAUCUCAGUUUUUGAAUUUCUUGUCAAAACAUGAUGCCAUAGAGCUGGAAAAUCCAUCUCUGACCUCAACACCUGUCUGUAGCCAGAAGGUUGUGGUGACCACCCCCCUCCAUCGGGACAAGACACCACUGCUGCAAAAGAAUUCAGCAUUUGUCACUCCAAACCACAAAUUUAUGGGAGACAAUACACCUCACACACCUACACCAUUUAAAAAUGCAUUGGAAAAGUUUGGUUCAAGGCCAUUGCCCCCUACUCCUCACCUAGAAGAAGAUCUGAAGGAAGUCCUGCGCAGUGAGUCAGGCAUCGAGCUUAUUAUUGUGGAUUUGAGCCGAACCACGAUCGUCAUAAAAGGAAACCCGGGCACUCACACAGUCCCAUCAAGAAAGUGCGCAAGUCCCUGGCUUUGGAUAUUAUAGACAAGGAGAUUAAGCCUCCCACAUUGUCUCUCUCAUCAUCUGCUUCACAUAUACAGACGCAGGGUUGCGAGAGCUUCCUGUCCAUAUCUCUCAACGAGUCUUCAUGCAGCAGCAAGGAGGAAAACAGUCUAUUGAACCAGGGAUUUGUCCAGGUCAAGUCAGGAAAAGGAUCUUUUAUGCUUGGGGACACCUCACACACUGACAUUGGAGAACUAGUUAAAACGCAAGAGUCUGCUCUUCACAGAAGUGGAAAAGCCACGCCAGUUAAAACUGAGCCUGCUGCUAAUGUAGCUACAGACGCUUCUUCCUGUUUGAUGGUGGACAUGGACAAAGUGGUGAGAACAUCCCUUAAUAAAAGCAAAGCUGCAAGUGUGAAGGCUGAUACAGGUGUAACAGUAAAGACUGAAAAGGAGAUGGUGGCACGGACAGAGAAACUCAGGAUACCAGAACCGAUGAGCAAUGCUUGGAAGAUCAUUGCUUUUGGUGGCUCCAAGGACCAGCUGCUCAUGCAGGAAAAAGCACGAGCAAUCCUGAACUUAUACAAGCCCAGCGCUGCUUCUCGGACCCUCAUCCUAUCUUGA